UUCUUUUAAGAUAUUUUUAUAGCUUCCUAUACUAGUCCUAGUCAUUCAAAGUUUAGUACAGUAUGGCUUUUUUAUAAGGCCUUUUGAUAAAUAAUAUUAAAACAUUAUUAAAUGAAUGAUGUGUUUUGCUGCAAUCUCUACUAAUCAAUAUUUAAGACACCAUGUUAACCAUCUUGUGCAACAUGCCGUUGAACUUACAAACAGAGCUAUGUACUAUAGCAGUUAUAUAUGUAAUUGCAAUACUACUUCAACAGUCGUUGUAUAACAGUGGGAAAUGAAAAAGAAGCCCUGAACAGCCAGGUGCUGGGCAUGCAGGAGGUGAGCUGUGAGAGGUGACAUUAAGAACUGUUGCCAUGUGUGGCAUGGCUGUCAUCACAGCUCCCUGCACCCCCCAGGCAGUUUGUAAUGGUGUCUGCCUUUAUCCCCCUGGCUAAGGUCACUGAGAGGAGAUUCCCACUCAUACUGGGUGGGUUCAGUGUGCUUCUUCAUGGGCUGAAACGGGAAAAGCCAGAGGUCUACAGGAGCAGUAAAGCAGUCGAGUUACCCACUUCACCUGCAUGGUGGUUGCACACUCUUGAACUGACAGCUGAGAAGUACAGUGGGGAUGGGAAGACCAUGUGGACUUUGGUAAUUAAUAGUAGAACUUGUCUAUACAGUUUUAGAAUUAAUGUUAGGUAAGUGUGGUUGAUAUAUUUACCCUGUUAAAAAAUCCUGUUUUGGUUUAUAUCUUACAUACCUUAGAUGCCUUAAAGCAGCACUCUGUGUACACUAGUAUUUGUAAUCCUAGCAUAUCUCCUGUCCAAAUUUGUUCUAAAAGUGUUGCAGAUUCUUAAUUAGUUCCCAUGCCAAUUUUUAAAUCUUAGGUUGCAUGACAGCCAGUGGUUUUCAAAGAGGAGAUGCAGAUUUUUUAAUCUACAUUCUCUCAUUUUUUAGAAUGGCUGUUUAACUUUUGUUGGCAUCUCCACUGGUCUGUCGAGUUCCCACAGACAAAGUGUCAUGUCAAAGUGCCAUGAACUUUGAAACAAAAUGAAGGUUUGCAUAGAAACAGAAUCAUGGCCAUAUCUCUGUACAGUUAAAUGAUCAGUGUAAAGUUCAGACUGAAGUGUUCUGAUGGUCUGUUCUGCUGUUUAGCUCCCUGAACCACUGAGAGCAUUAUCACUGUAUCUUGGUGUUUAGAUUAGGUUAUUUAACUGCACUUGUAGUUCAGUGAUUAUAAAAUUAUUUAAUAAGAUUUUGAAAAAGAUCCAUUGGAACCAUUCUUGCAUUCGUUGGAAAAAUACUUUAUCUUGUCUAUAAAAAUAUGUGUGGGGAUUUUUCUCUAACUUUUGGGUUUUGUUGCCCGUUUAGUUAAAGCAAAUGAAUGCUCAGCUCUUGUCAUUCCCAGAUGUGGUCCAGCAAGUCCAUUUAAAGGACACUUAAGUAACAAAAGUAAUGUUUUCUGCAUUGGCCCCUCUCGUAAUCUAACUAACCAGUACAUGAUCAGAGAUCACAUGGUGAUUCAUUAUAACAGAAUUCUUUCAGCCAAAGCAGCUGUAGACUCUUCAUUGCCCAAAAGUAGGUUGACCAGCAUCAAAUUUGCUGACCAGCAAAGAAGAGAGAAACUGAGGAAGAAGAUAGCCAAAUGUAGAGAGAAAAUAAGUGUGUGUGAAGCUCCAUCCUGUCCAAGAGACAAUGGAAGGCUGCUGCCAUCCUCUUCUAGAAAGAGUCUCUUGGAAGCAGAAGACAAUCUCUCACCCUCUGCUGAGCAGGCACAGUACCUACCAAGAGCAGCAUCUCCUUAUGGCGAGGGUUGCUUGGUUCACUCCAGUCCAGUGCAAUGCAUCAGGAAAUGUUCUCGGAAUACGUGCAGGGCACCUUACUCACACUCCAGUGUCUGUGUGUCAAAGCCACCAGGGAAACGCUUUGCACUUCCCCGCAGCCACUCCAUCGAGAGCUUUGUGACCGUGAGGUGCCAGAGGUGCCACGGAAGCCACGCCAGAGCCUGCGGCGGGGAUCUUCUCGAGAGGCACUCUGAAUACUUCACUAAGAGCCGAAAACCUUUUACUCCACGCACCUUGAUAUCAGAUGCUAAACCUUUCCUAUCAGAGUACAGGUUUUACACUCCCGCUCAAAGAAAGAAGAAAAAUCACCGCAAGCAGUGUGUGGAAGCUCAAACACAGACAGAUAUGAUCAGCUUUCCAUCUGCAGACAAAGUGCAUGUGAGAAAAGUUAUGGGUGAAAAGCAGAAGAUCAAAUCAAAGGCUGAAGAUAAACUGUACACUUUGGAUGAGCCUGAGAGAGGAGUAGAUGGUUUUCAAGACUCCAUCCUAAGAGAGACAUCAUGGUGUCUUCAGAAGUCUUCACCAAAGAGAACUAUCAGUGAUGAAGAGAUAUCAUGGUGUCUUCAGAAGUCUUCACCAAAGAGAACUAUCAGUGAUGAAGAGACAUCAUGGUGUCCUCAGAAGUCUUCACCAAAGAGAACUAUCAAUGAUGAAGAAGAGGAGCUGUUGUAUUUAACUUUCAUUGAAGAUGUUACAAAUGAAAUUCUUAGACUUGGCUUAUUUUCUAACAGGGUUCUGGAUAAACUGUUUGAGUGCCAUAUAGAAGAGAAUAAGGACCGCCUUGAUGAGGGCAAAAUGCGCCAGAUGUUGGAUAUGCUGAAAUCAGACCUUGGCUGCAGCGAGGACAGCGUGACAGAGAUAAUCUAUGCAGGUCAGGAAGCCUCGGGCCCACUGGAUCUGCAGGAGUUUGAUACAACAGAAAAGCCUGAGCGUACCAGUAAAGGUCACAAGCUGAGGAAAGCUACAAAAAAUGAAGAAUUCCUUGAGUCCGUGGACUUGUUAAAGAAACCAAACAUACGUGAAUCCCUGUCACGGAGCAGAAGGUCAAGGGAGACACGGCGCAAGGACUUCUCAGAAGAUACCAUAGAAAUUAUGGGUGCUGGGACAGAGUCUGAUUUCUGUGGUGAGGAAUUAGAACACUCAGACACUUCACCCACCUGUGAGGCAGCUUUAAAUUUGGCUGCUUGGGACAGUGAUUUGGAAGUCAAUGAGGAACUUGAUGAACUUGGGGAAGACUUUGCAGAGGCCCUUCACAUUUCACGUAACUGUAACCAAAGCUUACCUGUUAAACAGGAAUAGAGCUCCUUCUGUGGUGAACUGCCAUUUGUCAAGCAGUAGUAAAUUGUUCAGUUUAUUUCAGUUAUUUCUGUUUAAAUACUGCUAAGAUCUCUGUAGCAGGAUACUAUUAACUGGGCAUUAAUCUCUGUGUAAGUUAGACCUUAAAGGAUAAAGUCAGGUAUCAGAAGAAUUUUGUGUAUUUUGCCCACAGUUGUAUAACUCAAAAAAACCUUAAGAAUAUUAAAACCAGAUUUAUAUUUUUAGGGCUGUAAUAAUAAGUUAUGAAAUAUUUAUUGAUUUAAAUAAAUUGAUUGAUAGCGCAGCUGUGGUCCUGCUAUAAAGAUCUGAGAUGUUUAGUCUGCAAGAAUUCAACAGCUUAACAUAAACUCAACAUCAAACAAUGUCCUCUUCCAGAAUGGACAAACAGUUCUGCCAUGUAGUGCUCACAGAAGCCCACAAAUGAAAAAUCAAACUAUUUCAUAAGAAGAAAAUUCAAAUUUUUACAGAUCUAUGUAGAUUAACAAUUGCAGUUUUUUAUUUUCAGUUCUCAACUGAAUGAGACUGCUAAGUUCAAUUCUUUGCACUGAUGACAGACAUGGCAUAGCAUUCUGCAUCAAGCUUUGGUUUUGGAAAAGGAUUGAAUUGAUUACUGUUUGAUGACUAGGACUGUGUAGAAGAGGACACAUCAGGCACCUUGUACAGCAAAUGGAGAAGAGGUGGUGUAUUUUCUGGUUUAAGUUUAAAUUGAAGUUAGUACAUGCAUUGCACAGAAUUAACCCAAAUGUCAUUGAUGAAUCAGUGUACAGUUAUUGCCUGACAUUCCCAUUGCUGCAGAAUGAGCUUAACAGGUUAUUAGGAAAUGCUGGCAAGUUGCAUUGUCUUGCUGUGGGUGAGGAACUAGGAGUAGUCUUAGGAACCUGGAUAAAACCUGUCCUUUAUAUCUCCUAGGGUCAGUUUCUAACCUUCUUCCUCCAAGGACGAGCCCAAAUUGUACCAGUUCUUACAUAGCAACUGCCACCACCUGCCUCCCCUGUGCCUUGUGAGCAUCAACCAAGGUUUGUGACUCUGUCAGCCAGAUGACCCAUUGCAGCUUAAAGGAGCUCCAAUAGACACAGACCACUGCUUCACUUAUGAGGCAUAAACUUCAUAAGACAAAAAGGAAAUGUCAAAAAACAGCUAGAGGAAGCUAGUCAGAGAAAAACAUGUUUGGCACAGUCAUAAAACUGCAGUGCGGAACACAGUUCCCACUUUCCUGGGUACCUUGUCCACAAUAAUAAAUUGCACUUGUUGACAAUGACAGAAAACCAGAGUUUAUUUUAGCCAGGUACAUGGGGCUGGGCAGAGGGGCACCAGCCUUUCAUCUGCCAUACUUAGUUGGCUGCCUUGUAAGUCUGGCCUGCAGCAUGAGUGCUCUGGCUCACUGCAGGUGAGAAAAUGAGAGGACUUCUUCAUCCCCCCACCAGAGCUGUCUUGUUGAAAAGAUGUGACCACAGUGCUGAGUCGGUACAGUGCAGGGAGGUUUGUCCUCAGUCACAAGUGAUCACAGACCUUCUCCAAUCCUCCAGGAAGCUCUCUCUCUAUUCGAAGGGAUGACCUAGGAAACUUGUUUCUACUUUAUGAAGAAUUCUGACACACUGGGACUGGUUUGAAAACUAAAGAGCAUGGCUUGAUGCAUACAAGUAUAAAGCCUCUUUGCUUCUCAGACAGGACUUCACCCACUCUUGGGGCCCUCCAUUCCAAGUUCUCCAUUCUUGGUCAAUAAUUAGAAUUUAGGGUUUUUUUCCCUACCAAUCUCUACACUUGUGACUUGUACAUUGUAAAAAAUGUCACUCAGCAAACUUCACCUUCUUGUGAACAUGAGUCUGAUUAAGGAUUAAUAAGAAUUUCACCUUCAAAUUCUGUAAAUGAAAAAAUAAUGUAGUAAAUACUGUUCACACCACAGCAGUGAACUUCACAGAAAGGCAUUAGUAAUGGCAUACUAAUUUCCUGUAAUACAAGUAAUGCAAAAAUAAAUAAAAAGUUUCUUGACCAUA